AUGAAGAGACUCCCUGACCCUCCACAGAAAACAGACGGAGCCUGGAUUGGGCUGCACACCCGAAGAGAUGGCAACAGGACGUGGCACUGGUCUCUGCCAGGGGUGGAGUUCAAUGAGAGUGGGACACGAUGGAGCAAGAGACAGCCGGAUGAUCAGGGAGGAAACGAGAACUGUGUGUGGCUGAAAGGAGACAAAUGGCAUGAUGCACAUUGUGAUGAUGAUGAUGAACAAAAAUGUAUCUGCUACAAUGAAACGACACAAACAUACCAUGUGAGUGAUGAAAAAAUGACCUGGUUCCAGGCUCAGAGGUACUGCAGAGAACAUCACACGGACCUGAUCAGUGGACUCACACAGUUACAAGAAUUCAGGCCAAACCGGCAGUCUAUGGAAACCUUGUGGAUCGGUCUGUUCAGAGACGCCUGGAUGUGGUCAGAUGGGAGCAGUUCCUCUUUCAGACAGUUUAAGACAGAUAAAGUGAUCCUGAUCAAAGAGAACAAGACGUGGGACGAGGCCUUGAAUUACUGCAGAGAGAAGCACCAGGACCUGAUCUCCAUCAUUAACCCUGACCAGCAGAGAUGGGUACAAGAGAGAGCCAUGGAUGCCGACACUCCCUUCGUCUGGGUGGGAAUGCGGUACACCUGCACUCUGCGUCUGUGGUUCUGGGUCAGUGGCCAUCUGGUCUGCUAUGACAACUGGGCGCCAGACAAGAAGACAGAGAACCGUGACAUGGCUGCAGCCAUGGACAGAGGAGGAGGGAUGUGGUUUGCAAAGGCCGAUAAUAGCACCUUUAAUUUCAUCUGCACUUUAUAG